AUAAACAUAGUUGCUCCAAUACCUCAAUAGCUUGCGCAGAGGGCAACAACAAGAAGAAAGGCCACUUCAUCGAGAUGGGUCGUGUGAUUAGGGCUCAACGUAAGGGUGCCGCUGGUUCCGUCUUCAAGUCCCACACUCACCACCGCAAGGGUCCGGCUAAGUUCCGUAGCCUCGACUUCGGUGAGAGAAAUGGGUAUCUCAAGGGUGUUGUGACUGAGAUCAUCCACGAUCCUGGACGUGGUGCUCCGUUAGCUCGCGUCGAUUUCAGACAUCCUUUCCGUUACAAGAAGCAGAAGGAGCUGUUCGUUGCUGCCGAAGGUAUGUACACGGGACAGUUCCUCUACUGUGGUAAGAAGGCCACUCUCGUUGUAGGUAACGUGCUUCCACUUAGAUCCAUCCCCGAGGGAGCUGUUGUCUGUAACGUUGAGCUUCAUGUCGGUGACCGUGGAGCCCUCGCUAGAGCUUCCGGUGAUUACGCCAUCGUGAUUUCUCACAAUCCGGACAACGACACCACUAGGUAAUUAAUAUCAUACUUUAAUUAUCUCUAACUCUAGUUAUAUUAUUGAA